AUGGUGAAGGUGUACAUUGGUAGAGAGUGCUCAGAGUAUACAUUGGAUGAGCUUAACUCGCUUACCGUUCGAGAUCUUGUUCAGAAAAUUGCGAGACAAGAUGCUGACCGUUCAGUUCUUAGUCUUACUGGUCGAUUUUUGCCCAUGGACACGCGGCUGAGCUCACAUAAUAUUCGGGACACUGACACGCUUCGUGUACUUCAAAGUGAUGUUGGACCGAAAGUGAAGCAGACAUGUGACGACUCGAUGCUAAAGGAGUGUGAUCGAUUAUUUGACUAUUUGCAAAAGGAAGAAUCUGGAUAUAUGCACAUGCGUCUUAUGGCAGAGGUUGUAGAGCCGGAAUUCCUCUCGAAAAUCAUGAAACAAUUUCCCGAACUUCGUAAUGAUCCGGUAGCUUGUCACGUUCUCCAUGACUACUACAUCUUCAAAGCCAUGGUAACACUACCUGGUGGUGAUGAGGAAGCGCUUGAGAAGGUAAAACUCCGUGUUUUAGUCGAAAGAAGAGUGCUAAUAGUACCACAAUGUUGCUGA